AUGUCGCAGUACAUUGGUAAGACCAUCUCCCUGAUUUCUCAGGCAGAUAUCAGAUACGUUGGUACAUUAGAGAACAUUGAUGGGUCCAAAGGUACGAUUGCCUUGAAGAGCGUCCGGGUUUUCGGUACCGAGGGUAGAGUCCUCGACCCAACUAGAAUUGUUUAUCCAUCGACACAGAUUUACGAGCACAUCAUGUUGAGCGGGCCAGAUGUCAAGACUUUGAACAUUUUGGAGGUCCCAUUGGAACAGGUUGUUCCCGAGCCAAUUCCCGUGUUCAAUCCUGCCAAUUUCUUCCCUCAGGGCCAAGUUCCUUUCCAGCAACAGCCUCAACAGCCUCAACAGUCCCAACAGCCUCCAGCUUUUCCUCCUCAGGCCCAGCAGCCCGCCGUGUCAGCGCCAGUCUCGCGCGAAACUCCCCAACAACAGCCACAGGAGCCAAAACAGGAACACAAACCCCAGCCAAAGUCUGAGCCUAGACCAGAGCCUACGGUGGUCAAACCCGAGCCAAGGGAGCUAGAAAAACCAGCGGAAUCCACAGAGACAAAGCCCCAGAGACAGCAGUCUCGACCUGCCAAGAAGGAUGCCUCUAUCGGCGACGAUUUCGAUUUCGAGUCUAACAACGCCAAGUUCGAGAAAGCGAACGAGUCUGGCGAUUCUACGUUCUACAACAAGAAGUCCUCGUUCUUCGACACCAUUUCGUCCUCGACAGAACAGUCGGCCGCAGACAGAAUGAGAUGGCAGGAGGAGAAACAGCUUAACAUGGACACCUUUGGCCAGUCGUCGGUGGGAAACCGUCGUGGUAGAGGCGGAUUCAGAGGCCGUGGUAGAGGAAGAGGAAGAGGAAGAGGUGGCCGUGGCGGUGCUAAGGCUCCGGAAUGGGCAUAA